GCUGAACCCAGUGUACAGAAUGAUCUGCGUCUAACACGCAAUCUGGGAGAGGCAGGCAAAGAGGAAAUCUUGGAUCUAUUCGCACAACUACAGAUCUCAGAGGAUGAGGUGGCUGCCCUGAUGCCCGUGACACAGUAUGUCAUCUCAGCCGUGAUAUUCUUCCUCAAGAAUGUCAAACAUAUUGCCAUCUCGUUCGCCGAUCGCACACUCCUGCGGGUCGAUGCCGCUCGGUUCCAAAACAAACACG